AUGGUCGUGCGGCAAGGUCUUGGAGCUUCGAUCGCCUAUGGAGCUCGGGUGCGCGGCACGCCCAGACCCAUCGUUCGCUUUAUUCAACAGAAGGACAGCGCUAUCCGCAGGGGCGCCGCGGCUUUCACGUCUCGCGUGCUGCACGACGGCCUGGACCCCAGCUGCGCCGACACCAUCGUCUUGGCACCGGUGCUGGCUUGGGCGCGGGAAGCGUGGGAUCACCCUGAAGGACGCCGAGCCCAGGCCACAGCUUGGGCCAGAGUCCAGCACCAGCUAGAGGUGCACGCCGAGGCUGACCCCCAGGACCUCUGGCAGGUUGUCCGCGGCCCCGCGGGAGCCACCACGGUCACGGUGCGGGCUCAUGGCUGGCGCAUGCCGUCGGCUUUCGAGAUCUUCCAUCCGCCGCGAGGGGGAGUGCUACAAGGCGCCGACGUCCACCUCGACAUGCUGCAAGUGUGCCCCAAGUCGGUGGAGGUGGCGCUCCUCUACGCAGCCCGUGGCCGAGCCCUAGCUCAGUGGGCAGCGGCCAAGCCAGAGCGAGCUGCGCUCCUUCCUGCGCCCAGGCUGUCACCCGCGCGGCAGCUGAUCAAGAGGGGCAAGCAGGAUGGCUGGUUGCAGCACCACGCGGAUGCUGCCAAGAAAGCGGUGCUCGGCGGCUACCCCUCGCAGGAGGCCCUUUUCACGUCGGGCCAGGCGGACGCGCCCAACUGCCAGCUCUGCGACGACUCCACCGAGUUCGGCACCAUGCAGCACUACUACUGGCAGUGUAGCAGCCCGACGUGCGCCUCAGUGCGGGACCAGCUCACAGCAUGCGACGCGGCUCCCGCCUUUCGAGAUGUCUGUCACCUGGGGGCCACCGCCUCCUCUUCUGAGGCUGCGAGGUGGCUGUGGGAGAGAGGUUUGCGGCGGACCCCCUGCUACGGCCUGGCGUGGGACCUCCCCGAGCAACGCGUCUACUGGAUCGUCGAGGGCGCGGACUCCGAGCUCAACGGCGUGCUGGUCUCGGACGGCUCGGUCAAGGGCCUGGGCGACCUCAGGCACGGUGGCUGGGCGGCGCUACAGUGCACGGCGGACGCUCACGAUGUGGAGCAGGGCCUCUACGGCUCCCUACCUUUCCCCGACCCGAGCUCGGUGCUGGCAGAGUUGUGGGGGUUGUUCCACUCCCUCAGGCACGCGGUCUUCAUCACGACCAUUAUUAUCGACAACGCUCAAGGGGUCCAAGGGCUGGCCAGAGGCAGGGUGUCUUGUUGCUCAGCGGCUAGGCCCUACGCGCACGUGUGGGCGGUGAUCUGGGACCGCCUCGACGACAUGGGCAUCACCCCAGGCCAAGAUCUGUCCGUCGUCAAGGUCGCCUCGCACAUAUCGCACGUCAAGCGCCAAGCGUUGCCAGAUGAGCUCAAGCAGGAGCUCAAGGCCACCAAGCACGUGCUGGAGUACAUCGGUCAUUUCAGGGUCCUCCUCGGCGAUGCCAAGCUGGCCGUGCCUCGCCCUCGGCAGCAGCAGCAGGGCGCCAACGCGCCCUCGACAGCCCGCCCCAAGGCGGCGCCCAAGCAGCCACACGUCCUGGAAGCCUGUCGGGGAUACCACAAGUGCGCCAACUGCGGCAAGGUGGCGCGCGCCCGUCUGGCGGCCUUUCAGCUGCAAGAAUGUCGUGGUCGACUCCAAGGGCUCCAGGGUAAGACCGUCAAGAGUGCCAUCAAGAGGGGAAGUGUGGCGGUUCCCCUGCUGGUGGCAGCUGGCGCCACUGGUCGCGCCGUGCGCCAGCGCUCAGACCACGAGGCCCAGGACGAGGAGCUGCGUGUGCCAGACCAGACCCCCUCGGAGGGGCCGCCUGCUCAGGACUCUCUUUGGGCGCCAGUGGCAGCAGCCAGGGCGGCCUUGCGCAGGGUGGAGGCGCAGCCAGACGGACCUGUGUGUAUGGGCGUACCGCCCCCCGCGCUCAUCCCAGAGCAGCACCGCGUGAUGUCGAUCAUAGACGACGCGGUGGUAUGGGCGUCUUUCUGGAUCGACAGGUUCGACCUGGGCGACUACACCAAAGGGCGGGACUACCGCACGUGGUGCUCCGAGUACCUGGAGGUGUUCUUGGGUGCCGAAGCCUGGGCCCCCGUCCGAGAGCACCUCCUUAGGAGCAGCCCUGGGCGCACGCUGCGGCAGAUCGUCGACGACCUGUGUGCCGCGUCCUGGACGAGGGCGGAGCCUGCCAGACAGGCGCAGUUUGCCAGGAUGAGGUCCGACUCGGACUUAACCAGGAGACAGAGACGACGGCUCCUACGGCAUCACUUCGACGUGCUGCACCAGAUCAGGGUGCGCUUCAGGAGCUUGCUGGGGGACCGCGCUCCACCCGAAACAGCUUCGUGGCAUCAGUGGGUCUUCGAGCCGCUCUCCUCGGGUUCCGACGAUCAAGGUGGAGAUGUGGCUAUUGAGGCUCAGGAGUAUGCCCACGGCUACGACAACGGCGACGAGUGUGCGGUCCUCAGCGUGCACAGUGACGUGGAGUUCGUGGCAGCGGGCGCGCGGGAGUGUGUCGGCGCCGAUCGUGGUGACGAGGACGAGCUCGCCUGCUCCCUGGGACUGGGCGGCGGUGCGGCCAUGGCGGGGGCCUCGUCUUCGUCGGCGGCGGCGGCGGCGCCUUCGGCGCCAGAGCGCGGGGCGCGCGGGCGGCCGGCCUCCGCCCAGCUCGCCUGCCGCGGGCAGCUUGCGCCUGUGGCGCCACGGGCAGCCUCGGCGGAGCCGCGGCCGCGCGCCGUCGAGAUCGUCGGCACGUUCGUGGUGUGCGUCGUGUGUGGCUCGUACUACAGCUCGGUGGCCAGGGCCAUCUGCGGUCCCUGCAGGCGGCUCGAUCCCAAGGAUCCUGGAGAUCGUGAACGUCAAAGGCGGAUCCACCGCAUCAAGCGAGGCCAGGACCCAAAGACGGGCAAAGAUCUGAG